AUGAUGGACGACACUGAAAUAGAGGCGAUGGAAACGCUGUCGGGCAGCUCUUCCCUUGGGGAUGCAGUGUCUGGUAGAGGACAGAGUGCAUCUAUUGAAGAUGAUGGGCUCUACUACAUCCCUGAGAGAAGAGCCUCUCUGGACCUGGGACCAAGUCCAAUGGAUACUACCCACUGGCAUUAUGUGGACCAGGCCUUGUCUCCAGCUCUGAGCUACUGCUCAAUUACAAGUGAGACAAACUCAGACAACAUGGAUGAUGACGACAGAUCCUCCACGAGGGUCCAGCUGAUCAGAGCAGAUUCAUACUCUAGCUGCUACUCCUUGGACAGUGACGAUUGUGAAAAGAGAACCCUCAAGGUUAAAAGCAAAGAUGAUGCUGUCUCAGAACCUUCUGACACACCUGAGUUAAUCCAAGACACAAAUGAGAUUAGGCAUCCUUCUCUGACAGUGGCAUUCACUUUUAAGGCUAUUGGUAAAACCCUUGGGAAGCUGUCUGAGGGGGACAUUAAGAGAUUCAAGAUGAUGCUGUGGAAGCGUUACCCACAGUCAUUCAACACUCCUCCCCAAGGCAUGGACAUGGUGGACCUUGUAGACCGGUUGCUCGAGUGUUACGACCUGGAGGUAUCUUUGCAGAUCACCAAAACCCUUCUUGAGGAAAUUGGCCAAAAGAAGAUGGUUGAUUAUCUCCAGACAUUGUGCAUCAGAAAUGAAGUGCGUCACGAUUUAAGCGAGACUCUGAAGAGGACAUACGGCGAAGUAUGUGAGGAUUUGGCCAUGCAGGGAGAGAAGAGGCCCUUUGACGAUGUCUUUACUAAUCUCCACAUAACCUCAACCUGUGAUAAUGGCCCAAAUAUUGAACAUGAGGUCAUGACCAUAGAAAAGCUGGACAGCAACCGGGAAGAAGCGAAACUGCUUUCUACUAAGGAUAUUUUGAGCGCUGAAAGUCUGGAGCACUCAAACUUAAAGUUCAUAUUGAUCACUGGAGUGGCAGGGUCAGGGAAGUCUAUGGCGGUCAGGAGGUUAGUCCUUGAUUGGAUUGAAGAGCGGUCCCACCAACACGUGUCUUUCUUGUUUCCUUUGCCGUUCAGAGAACUCAAACAGUUUGAGGGUUGUAAAGUCUCCCUGUUGGAAAUAAUACAAAAACUCUACCCAGAAACCAAGAAACUGAGGGAUGAGGAUUAUAGAUGCGAAGACUGCAAAAUAAUGUUUGUCUUUGAUGGUCUUGAUGAGUACAAUGGGACGCUUGACUUUCAAAACACUGAGCUUCUCGGUGACCACACAGAUCCCACCACCCUGAACGUCAUCGUGGUCAACCUCCUGAGAGCGAGGCUGCUCUACCGCGGCCUGUUUCUGGUCACGUCUCGGCCGCAAGUAAAGCGCUGCGUUCCUUGGGACACGCAUUAUGAUGAGAUAGACGUGCGUGGUUUCUGUGACCCUGAAAAGGACGAGUACUUUAAGAAGAGAUUUCAGGACCCAGAUCAAGCAGCUCGAGUUAUUGCAUAUAUCAACUCUUUCAAAACCCUCCGCAUCAUGUGCCACCUACCCUUGUUUUGCUCACUGGUGGCUGAUGAGUGCCAGCAAAUAUUUAGGGUACGGGGGGCACAGGCAGAGCUGCCCAGGAGCAUCACCUACAUGUACACAAAGCUACUGCUUGCACUCACACGUCACCAUCGCAUGUUUAGAGCUCAAGAUCGUAGCCCAGAUAAAGAAAGAGACUUCCUCAUGAAACUUGGAAAGUUGGCCUUCAACAUGCUGGAACAAGGCCAGUUCAAGAUCACCAAGUGCGACUGGAAAGAGAUUGGAAUCAGCGAUAAGGAGGCAGUGAUUAACAGUGGCCUGUGCACACAAUACAUCACAAAGCCACACGUCUUGUUUCAUGAGAAAGUCCUCAGCUUUAUCCACCCCACCAUGCAGGAGUACCUGGCUGCCCUUUAUGCGUUUCUCUCCUUUAGAAACCAGGGGAAGAACAUUUUUGAGCAGCAACUGAAAGAAAAGUUCAAGGGGAUAUUUAAGGGGCACAAGGCGAUGGAGCUGUACAAGAGCGCCGUGGACAGAAGCCUGCUGUGUGAGGACGGCAAACUGGACAUUUUCCUGCGAUUCCUGUUUGGAAUGGCACUUAAGACCAACCUGGAACUUCUCCAACCAUUCUGCACCUCUUCUGUAAAGUGGCCAACAGUCAUUGAAGAUAGUGCUGCCCUCAUCAGGAAGAAGAUCAGAGAAAAUCCGCAUCCUGGCAGGAAUGGCAACUUGCAGCACUGCCUGGAAGAGCUGGGUAUGUGAGCCUGAGGCAGCAUCCAGUUGAUCCGACUCUUUUAAACACUGAUCACUUUGUAAAAUAAUUUUGUUACAAAAUAAAUGUCAAGGCUUCCACUGAAUUGCAAUAGCAGGAAAAAUGUUUAAGACGUGCCUGAUGGAGAAACAUGCUACUAUUCAACCAACAUGUGCACUAAUGGAGCCUUAGGGCCAAACAUAAUCACUUCUCAAGUUCCACAGUUACUGAUGUGGAACCAGAAUCUUUUAAGGAAAUAGGGAUGGUGUGAUUUGAUGUGUGUUCAUAUGGAUUGACAGAAGCUGAGAGAUAUUAAGGGGCCUUAUUUUGGGAGUUUUAUACAAUGAAAGAUUUUUAAAAGACAUUAAUUAUUAUUGCUAGUGUUGCCAGCUGUCUACUGUCGUGCUUGAUAUGACUUAGUCUCAAAAUAGCUUAACUGCACUAUUAACACUAUAUCAUGAGGAACCUGACUAUUGUCCUGAGUCAUAGUAUAAUUUAAAAUAUGCAAAAACUAAAUUAUUGCUACUAUUAUUGCUUGCUGGCUGCGUGUAUUUAUGUUUUGCAGUAAUCAUAUUGAAGAGCUGUAGUUCUGUGAUUGUUUAUCCUACAUAGCUAAAAAGUAUCUGUACUCUAAUCCCUGUAGUUUACAUCACUGCCUUACAUCGAAGUGUUGAUCUCAGUGUAUGUUAUACAGGUUAUGAAAGUACCGACAGUGAUACCUAUUGGAAAAACGUUACCUGUGUGAAAUAAAUGACCUGAUUUACAAUAAAUCUCUAGGGAAACAACCACAGGGUUCCAUCAGCACUGCA